AUGGCAGGUGGCUCCCUGGUUCUGAGGCUGAUGAGCAAGAGGAGAACGUGGGCAGCCCUCUUUGCCGUCGUCUACGCCCUUCUGCUCUCCAGUUCAUGGACGUUGGUCCGCUCCACAUUCUCCGCCAAGGCCACCACCACCGCGGCCGCCGCCGCCACCAAGUUCCCUUGGUCGGCCGUUUACGCAUCGGUUCUGUUGGGGGCGGCGGUGGGCGUCCUGUCGAUGCUGGCGGUGCUGGCCCUCGCCGUCCCUUCCAUGCUGUUCGCAUGGAUCACCAUCCUGGUGCUGCUGGCCUUGGACCAGAGGCGCCCCAGCCGCUCGCUCGUGCUCGAGGGCCGCAAGAUCACCGCCGAGAUGUCGGGGAUGACGCUGAGGAUAAUGCUCCAGGAAGGCAGGACCCUUGCUGCUCUCUGUGUGAUCUUCAGCUUCUUCCUUUUGACCACUCUCAGGCACAUUUAA